GCAUAAAAACCCUGCGGGUGCGCGUGGCGGGUGGAUCCUGAGGCCGGGUCGGAGCGCGCACGCCCGCAGUCGGACCGGGGCGGGCGGAGAGCGGAGAUCCCCGCCGCGGCCCCGCCAGGCCCUCGGCCGGCCCAGCCCCCCGCAGCCCGACUCCUUCCUUCCGGAGCGCGCGCGCGGCCUCGCGGGCGCCGAGCGCCAAGUCCCCACGGUUGGCCCCUCCCCGCCGCUGGCUGCGUGGCCCGGCCCUCGGUGGUCUGCGCUCUCAGGCGGCCGCGUCAGCCGAAGCCUGACGCAGUGACGCUCUACGUGGACGUAAGUGACGCACAGGUCCGGGCCGCUCCUCCUUCCUUGAAGCAGCCCGCCGGCCAUGGAGGCCGAAGAGACGAUGGACUGCCUUCAGGAGUUCCCGGAACAUCACAAAAUGAUCCUGGACCGAUUGAAUGAACAGCGAGAGCAGGACCGGUUUACUGACAUCACCCUGAUUGUCGACGGUCACCACUUUAAGGCCCACAAGGCUGUGUUGGCGGCUUGCAGUAAGUUCUUCUACAAAUUCUUUCAGGAGUUUACUCAGGAACCUUUGGUGGAGAUAGAAGGUGUAAGUAAAAUGGCUUUUAGCCAUUUAAUUGAGUUCACAUAUACAGCAAAAUUAAUGAUACAAGGAGAAGAAGAAGCCAAUGAUGUGUGGAAAGCAGCCGAAUUUCUGCAAAUGCUGGAAGCUAUCAAAGCUCUUGAAGUCAGGAACAAAGAAAACUCCACUCCACUAGAGGAAGCUACCACGGGAAAAAGCGAGGCCAAAAAACGAAAGAUCGCAGAAACUUCCAACGUCAUCACGGAGUCCCUGCCGUCGGUGGAGUCGGAACCCGUGGAGAUCGAGGUGGAGAUCGCGGAGGGCACCAUCGAGGUGGAAGAGGAAGGCGUGGAGGCGCUGGAGGAGGGCGCGGCCUCUGCCAGGCAGGCCGUGCAGUACGUGCAGAGCGUGUCCUCGUCGGACGACUCCGCUCUGGCCCUGCUGGCGGACAUCACCAGCAAGUACCGCCAGGGGGACAGGAAAGGGCAGGCGAGAGACGACGGCUGUGCCUCUGACCCCACCAGCAAACAGGUAGAAGGUAUUGAAAUUGUGGAACUUCAGCUGUCACAUGUGAAGGACUUGUUCCAUUGUGAGAAAUGUAACCGUUCAUUUAAAUUGUUUUACCAUUUUAAGGAGCACAUGAAAUCACACUCCACUGAGAGUUUCAAGUGUGAGAUAUGCAAUAAAAGGUAUCUCCGGGAGAGCGCGUGGAAACAGCACCUCAGUUGUUACCACCUCGAGGAAGGUGGGGUCAGUAAGAAGCAAAGAACUGGGAAAAAAAUUCACAUAUGUCAGUACUGUGAGAAACAGUUUGACCACUUUGGACACUUUAAAGAGCAUCUCCGAAAGCACACAGGUGAAAAGCCUUUUGAAUGUCCAAACUGUCAUGAGCGGUUUGCUAGAAAUAGCACCCUCAAAUGUCACCUGACUGCGUGCCAAACAGGAGUGGGGGCGAAGAAAGGAAGAAAGAAGCUUUACGAAUGCCAGGUCUGUAACAGUGUGUUUAACAGCUGGGACCAGUUCAAAGAUCACUUGGUAAUCCACACUGGAGAUAAACCCAACCAUUGUACUUUGUGUGACUUGUGGUUUAUGCAAGGAAACGAAUUGAGGAGGCAUCUCAGUGAAUCGCACAACAUCUCCGAGCGUCUGAUAACAGAAGAAGUCCUUUCGGUGGAGACCCGCGUGCAGACCGAGCCCGUGACCUCCAUGACUAUCAUAGAACAAGUGGGGAAGGUGCAUGUGCUGCCGCUGCUUCAGGUCCAGGUGGACUCGGCACAGGUGACCGUGGAACAGGUCCACCCCGACCUGCUCCAGGACGGCCAGGUGCACGACACGCACAUGAGUGAGCUUCCGGAGCAGGUCCAGGUGAGUUACCUGGAAGUGGGUCGAAUUCAGACUGAAGAAGGCACUGAAGUGCACGUGGAGGAGCUGCAUGUCGAACGGGUGAAUCAGGUGCCCCUGGAAGUCCACACUGAGCUUCUAGAGGCAGACUUGGAUCCAGUGACCCCUGACCUCAUGAACCCAGAGGAGAGCGAGCCGGGCCAAGAGGACGCCGCCGAGGUGGCCGGAGAGGUUCACGAACACGCCAUGGGCUCGGAGACCGGGCCGGCGGCGGGCUCUCAAGCCGAAAGUGCGGGCAGCGAGAACAGAACACCCGUGCCGGUUUUAGAAUGAACCACAAUGAAUAUAUUUUUAAACGUACGCGUUGGGUUUUCGAACUGAUGUUGGGCAGUGUGACUGUCCUUGAGCUAACAGACAAGUGGACCAAAGUUAAACUCUUUCCUGUUGUGCUGAACUGUUUCUGUUGAAACAGCCUGAUUCCUCCUCCUGGCUAAUGCCACGGAGGAGGAUGUUUCCUGUAAGUGAGUGGGAAGUUUCGAGAAGUAUAUUUCUGCAAACUUAAAUGGAUUAUAUUCUUAUAUGGUUGGGUACGAAUGUAUCUAUUUUCAUUGUGGUGAGGGUUCCUCCCCCCUUCCCUCCUCUCUCCAGGUUGUGUUCUUUCUGUUGUUACGUGUUGUCAAAUCAAACAUAAAAUCAUUAGGAUACAAGCACUUGUAUUCUAAUGCAUGUUAGAAAAUCGAAUCUGUAGGAACACAGGCUGCAUGAAGAAAAGUGCGUUGUUACUGUGCAGUUAAAUUUUGGCUUCUGGCUUUCUCCGGUCUGAACAGCGUCCUCGUCCACCCUGGCAGUCCCAGGUGUCGGCCCUGCGGCGGCGGCGGCGGCCGAGUUUCCAGAAUGUAAAACAAUCCACACCCAUGUGCCUUGUCAAAACCAACUACACUUCUAUAGAGCAUCUCUGGUUCUUUCCAAGUGUGUGUUACAAGGAGCAAUGUAGAUGAUGCUGUAAUAGUACUUUAUAUUUUUGCUUAUGACGGCAACUACCAAUUCUUUUUCACUUAAGUUAGGUUGAAAAUUUCAUUUAAUGGCAGCCAAAGGGCCAUUUUUUUUCAAUUGGGAAAAAUUCAUUUCUAUCUGUGGUAAACUUUAUUUUGGUUGAAACAUUGCACUAGUAUUUUACCACCAGAUAAAAAAAGAUGAGCAUCAUUUAAAAAUUAAUGUAUUUAAAAUAAAGUACAGAAAAAAAACGUGUAUAUAAGAUAUCAGGCUUUGUUUUGAGUGAAUCUUUUCCCCAACCGUAAUGUAAAGGUCUCGUGCUAUAACUUUUAAAGCCAUACAGAUAAGAGUGCUAAACUGUGGACUUAAAAGUAGGCGUGUAAAUAUUUUUAAUCAGUAUUACUUGGAAAAUAAAAUGGCAACCGCAUAAACCAAUGCUAUUUUCUUUACCUGUUAAAUAUUGGGAGAUACUUACAUUUUUAAAGUAAAUUGUAAAAUUAUGUGUU